AUGGCAGUUCCACCAGUAAUCAUUGAGCUAAGAAACAAGCCACCUGAUAUUGGGAAUUCCACCCACCAAUAUACUUCCAUUGGUUCUCAAUCUACUCAACUUACCGGUAAGCUUCUUGAGGAGAAACUCGAUGAACUAGUUUGUGAACAUCAUAAUGCAGUUACCAUGAAUCUAACCUUUCAUAAUUCUAAGACUCAUAAUAAUAAAAGCUACUGCUGUUACAAGCAUAUCGGUGAUAAGAAGGUUUCCGUUACUAGCAAUAAAGUUUCCUGUUCAACACAUUCUGGCUCUGUUCCAUUCUUCAAGCAUGAGGUUAAUCUUAGCAGUGGAUGGAGGGUAGCGGCUAUCUACUACUAUGAUAGUGGUGUUGGAACUCCCAGGAAGAGAAUAACUUUUACCGGGCUAACCUUACCUACUGGACAGCCAGUAAAAGUUACUGUUUACGCAUUAUACUAUGGCAACAAUCAGAAUCCAGUGCUCAUAUAUGUAGACUAUACUGGAAAACCUGCUGUUAAAGGAUGGUUCCAGAAAGGUAAUGAUGGUAGUAUAAGUAGUAAUGACAAUGAAGAGUGGACACAAGUAGGUCUCGACAUAACACUGGAUAAGUUAACUAAACCUAUAGACUGUGGUGACAGCAACUUUAAAGAACUUGUGGAACUACUUACUAAACUUGGAUGUGACGGCCUGAGACAAUGUACUCAAAAGCCUGAAGCUCUUGAACAACAACAAAAAUCACGAGCAGUAGCACAUGCUGAUGGAGAUUCCGCUGUAGGACCAGCUCCUGAGGAAAAAGAGAAUGAAAGGGAAGAACUCCAAAAGAAAGAAGAGGAAGAUGCUAUAGAUGGUGAAAGACUAAAACAUGCUGGUGGAGCUGAUACUUCUGCUGUUGCUGCUCUUCAAACUCAACUUCAAGAAGGCUUAGGCCUUUCUGAUUGGGGUAUAGAGAAUAUCCUUGGAGCUUUUGCUGAUGACGAGAUGAAAGAAGUCCAAAUGAGUGAAGUCGGAAGCAUAGAGCAACUGCAUAGAACUGGGCCACUAAAUCGUCACAUUUAUUUCGCUGGGAUUCCACUCAGCCACAGUUUGCAGUCACUAAAGUACAUGCGCCAGUUUGCAAAGCUAAAGAGUAGGAACACAGAGCUUGAACAGGAAGUGGAAAAACUCAAUAAAGAAAUUGAUGAAUUGCAUGAAAAUGCACAGGUUAACUUUUACAAGUUUGAAGUCGCACUAGGAAAGGCCAUGCAAAUUGGAGUAGCCUGCAACACACUUUGCAAGACAAUAAACGACCAUGAUCGCAUAUCGAAGCGCAAAUUUAUAAACUUGCUACGUGAAAAGUCUAUUUUACGCGCCAACCGUAAAAAAUACUCGAAGAAAUAUCGCAAUUUAGCCACUGUAAUCAUUUGCAACAGGAUACAUAAGAUGGUUGUUCCGACAAUAUAUCCUGUAUUUACCGCAAUAAGGCAUAAUUCGAGGAUCGCACUUCCAAACGUUCCGUCUGCCCCUCCAAGAAUACCAAAGAUACCAGUCACCAAAGUUGUCCUUCCAGCCAAGGAGGAAGAAAAGGUAAGGACAAUACUCCUCUAUAUAUUUUGUAGAUACAAGAAUCAGUUGAGGAGACACUACUUUGUCGACUUGAAAGCCUAG